UCGAGGAAGUCACCUUUAAGCUCGACAUUCAUCAGAGUGAACCAGCUCCUGUGAACACGAUGGAGUUGAUGUUUAUCGCUGUGCUGUCGUCUCUCUCUGUGGUGAUCUCUGCAGGAGAGUCUAAUGUGAUUGGCUCACGUGAACCAGUUAAAGUAGUAGUCGGUGAUGAUGUCAUUCUGCCAUGCCACCUGGAGCCCCCAUUCAAUGUGAAAAAUCAAACGGUGGAGUGGACAUUCAAUAACAGCAUUGUGCAUGUCUAUAGAAAUAGGAUGGACAAAUUAGUUGAUCAGGAUCAGAAGUUCAAAGGUAGAACAUCUCUCUUUCCUGAUGAAAUGACCAGAGGAAACAUUUCACUGAAAUUGACCAAUGUCACUGAACAGGAUGCAGGAAAUUACACCUGCUAUGUUCCCAAACUGCACAGUCAGAUCAGCAAAGGCAACGUUACCCUCAUUGUUGCUGUCACAAACAAAUCUACUUUUCCUGUAGGUGGUAUUAUUACCAUUGUUGUUGCUGCCAUCAUCGUUGCUGCCAUCAUCGUUGCUGCCAUCAUCGUUGCUGUAAAAAUGAGACCAGAGCAAUAACAGCAACACCAACCCCCAGGAGAAUGGAGGAGAUGUGCCUUUGGAAAAUAACUAAACUAGUAGCUGAUAAUAACUCCUGGUUCUUUGACCUACCAAAUGAAAAAAGGGCCCUUUUUUCCAUCCAAAUUUUCAAAUAUGUUUUAUCAGGUUUUGCCUCCAGUAAAACAUCCUGGUUCAUAAAAGAAUAACCAAUGCAUACCUCAGGUUUUUAGUGACCAGGGACUAUAUUAGACUGGUAAUUUAUUAGCUUCAUUAAAACAAGCACUCAACCCCCUGGUAUUCCUGAAAACAUUUGUCUUUAAGAAAGUUUGUUCAGGUGUGAAAAUGUAAGAAUAGUUUUUCUAAUGUCAUUAGAGGCCUGUAUGUAGGUAUUUAAAAAUGUUACAUGUUUUAUUCACUGAAUGCUGGAUGCAAGUGAUAGCAGUGUUGUGUUUCUCCUGUUUUUCAUGAUGGUGCUGUUGGCUGAGUGUUGUUAUGAACACAGACACACUGAUGAGAAACUUGUUUAGAAAUUAGUUUAAUGUGAUGGUGCAGCACCGAGGUGUCAGGUUUAGUGCUGAUCUUUUUCUUAUUGUGCAUCUGUUUGAAGUGUUUUUGCUUUGUAUUAUCUUGUUUUUCCUGCCCUGUGAAGCAUAUACUAUAUUAAAUGUUUUAA